AUGGCUAAAAAGGGGUGUUUUUGGAUUGAUAUUCUCGAUCCUACUGAUGAAGAAAUGAAGGCACUCGGAAAAAUAUUCAAUAUUCACCCUUUGACUAUAGAGGACAUUGCUAUGGACGAACCUAGAGAAAAGUGUGAAGUGUUUAAGAACUACUGUUUUAUUACAUUUAGAGCAUUUGAUCCGAAUCCGUCCGCUAUAACCCCCCUUAAGCCUCUUGGAAUGCAUAUACUCGUGUUUAAGGAGUGUGUUUUGACGUUUCAUUUAAGACCCAUGAACCAUCCUCAGAACGUGCGAAAGAGAAUUAAGCUUCUCAAGGACUAUAUUCAUGUCACACCAGAUUGGAUAUGCUAUGGAAUCUUGGACGAUAUCACAGACUCCUUUGCACCAUUGAUCUAUGCUGUUGAGUUUGAAGUGGAUUCGAUUGAUGAGCUGGUUCUCAUCUUGAAAGAGUCGGAGCAAUCAGACAUGUUGCGUCGGAUUGGCUAUUGCAGAAAGAAGAUGAUGGGACUUUUGCGCUUACUGGUCACCAAAGCAGAUGUCCUCAAGACAAUGAUCAAACGAGGGGAAGCAUGGAUGGCUGUCGGUACUGAGAAGUCUAAUGGUGAUAGUGAUGUAGCCAUCUAUCUUGGAGAUGUUCAAGAUCACCUCAUAACCAUGCUUCAGUCACUAAACCACUAUGAAAAAAUAUCUUCUCGGUCUCACUCUAACUAUCUUGCCCAAAUAUCUAUCGAAAUGACCCAAACAAAUAACGAGAUUAAUGAUGUUCUAUCUAAACUCACUGCACUUGGAAGUAUAAUUAUCCCAAUGAACCUUGUUACUGGUUUGUGGGGUAUGAAUGUUCAAGUUCCCGGCCAGGCUCAGGAGGAUCUUUGGUGGUUUAGUCUGAUAUUUGGCUCUAUUCUCUCCUUCUGUGUUUUUGCCAUCAUACUGAUGCGCUGCUAUCGAAUUAUUUAG